CGGUGAAAGUUCCGUCGUGGACAAAAAUCUCCAACCUGUUGAACACGUCGAUCAGGCAUCAUAACCUCGACGCUCGGAUAGAGGAAACGUCAGCAGUUUGUUUGGAUUGUGGGUUGUUGUUGUUGUUGUUUUUUAUUAUUUUCAAUAUUUCUAAUACACAAAUAUCAACAUGAAAAAGUUGAAGGGUGGCAAACAGAAGGAAACUGCGAAGGAGAAGAAGCAGCGCAAGAAGGAAUUUGCUGAGACUCAAAAACAGAUUUAUACAAUCGCCAUUCCUACAUUAAUUGCUGUGUUUAUUUUCAUCUUGGCCUAUGUUUACAUCAAGACCAGGCCCAGAUCUUAUAUUGACUGAUUUCUUGUACACAUAAUAUGAUAUUUUUAUAUAAAUCAAAUAAAUAAUUUUAAGUAA